AUGUCCCGCUUCUCACAACCGGCCUCUACCACCCGCCGCCGUGAAGCGUCCUUCCCUUCGCUCGGCUCGUCGCAGCAGCAGCCGUCGUCGACAGCCUCGCAGACGACCUCGGCUCGAGCCCCUGGCGCGUGGGGUACCGCAUCCUCGGCCCCACUCGCGUCCAGCGCAGCCAACUCGACGACGCCCAACUCGAACUCUGCUACGAUCGCCGAGGUAACCCGCAAAUCGAGUGGACCUUCGCUUUCAUUGGGCACGGCCGCACAAGGCACCCACGCCGACUCGAACGACGACACCUCGAUCCACCCGCUCAAGUACACCUGGGACGUGUGGUUCUCCCACCGGUCCGGGGGCACGACCGCGGGUAAGAACACGAGGAAAGAUGGCGCUGCUGCCAGUGCUGUUACGACCGCUGCUGCCGCUGCAGAGGCCGCUGCGACGCCCGUCAAGCCUGGCAAGGAGAAGGAAAGUCGAGAGGAAUGGGAGGGGGGUGUUGUCAGAUUGGGGGGCUUCUCCAGUGUGAGUGCCGGCACGGAUGAAUAUGUGUGAUUUCUCCGUCACUUGUUUGCUCAUAAAUACAUCUAUGGGCCCCGCAGAUCGAGUCCCUCCACCCUUUUUUGGCGCAUUUGACUUGUCCCUCGGCGCUUCCGGCGUCGGUCGCUUCGACCGCCCACCUCUUUGAUGCCACGAGCGAGAGCAGCCUCCCUCCUCAAUCGAACGUCAUCUCGGACCUCAACAUCUUCCGCUCCCCGAUCGCGCCCGCAUGGGAGGACACCGCCAACACCGGCGGUGGACGAUGGGUCCUCCGCCUGCGAAAAGGCGUCGCCGACCGCGUUUGGGAAGAGGUUGUGUACGCCUUGGUUGGCGAGAGGAUUGGGGGAGACGAUGAGCGCAUCGACUCCAAGGUCAAUGGCGUCGUUUUGAGUGUGCGCAAGGACGAGGAUAUCCUGAGCUUGUGGUGCGCGCCAACGUCGAGGGAGCAGAGGGAUUUGAUUCGGUUCGUUCCGGCGUGCACACCUUUGGUCUGCUUCUCUCGAAUGAUCGGAAAACUCAAACAUCCGUUAGCUUCAUUCAUAACAGGGAAGCACUCCGAGCUGCUCUUGAGCCGUUGUUGACCUUGACCUCAUCGACGAACCUGCAACUCGACUACAAGCCCCACCCCGUCGCCGGACACGCGACCGUACCGACGCGCAACGGAGUCGCCGCUUUCGAUGGCGAGAACGGGACCGCCUCCCCCAACGGGGUCUCGCAUCGACACCGCUCCGAUCGGGAUCACCACCACCAUCACUCGAGAGGAGGAGACCACCACGAGCGACGAGCCAACGCGCAUCAUUCUCGUCGCGAGGACGGUACGACCGGUGACCGACGCGAGAGGACGACGCCGGGAGGUGCUUCGUCCGCAGCACCGGGCGAAGGGAGAGAACGAAGGAAUAUUGGCUUUUCAUCCUACACGAACCGAGGGCUCGGGAGUGCUGAAUCGAGAGGGGAAGGUGGGGAUACGCCGACUCGAUCAUUUGGGUCCGCUACGGGAGGCUUUGGCAGUCGACCGAGGAGAGGGAGUUUGGGCAAAGAGGGGCCCCCUGCACCUACCAACUCGAGGUGGACUUGA